AUGCUGGGGUAUCAACAGCUUGCCGUGGAUGAGUGGCUUGCUUCGCCCGCUUCUCUUGCCAUCUUUGGGCAUGGCCUUGGCGUCCAGAAGAUCUUGCUGGAAGCAUUGCGCCGGGUGUUAGCUACAGCCCAGCUCGAUGCAGAGCGUGCGAAACGCCCCAUCAUCGUGUUGAAUACCACGCAGGAGGAAUCGGAACUCCUCGCCAAGCGUGCGUCAGAAGAUCCAAAGUGGACAGGAUUACAAAGCAAAUUGUGCGUCAUUGGAUCUUCCCUGGGCGUGGAUGGGCGUAAAGCUGCACUUGCGCAGGGCGGCGCAUUCAUUGUGAAUGCUCGGCUGCUUGUGACGGACUUGCUUGGAGAUCGAUUGCGACCGGAAAGCAUCGAAGGAGUUUUUGUAAAUCAUGCUCAUGAUGUUGGCGAGCUCUCGGCCGAUGCUUUCGUUCUUCGAUUAUUCCGGGUGGGCAACCAGAAGGGCUUUGUCAGAGCCAUCUCGGACAUGCCGGAUAGAUUCCUGCGUGGACAAGGUCAGCUGGAGAAAGUGAUGCAGCGAUGCUUCGUCAGCGACUUGGAAAUUUGGCCCCGAAUCCGAAAGGAUGUGCAAGAAUGCCUCCGGCACGAGGAAUGGGAGCAGGAUGUGCACCAGAUCACAUUGGAGCUGCCGCAGGAUGUCAAAGACAUCCAGGGCCACCUCCUCAACAUCAUGCAGAGCACGCUGCAGGAGCUCCAGAAGGAUCCGAACCUGGACAUGGGACAUUUGCAGGUGCGCGACUCAGUGUCUCCGGCCUUUGAGGCCGAGUUGCAGCAGGUGUUAGAUCCAGUUUGGCUGAGCUUGGGGCCCCAUGCCCGGCGGCUGGUCAGUGACUUGAAAGGAGUGCGGAGGCUUCUGACGGAACUCUUGCGCAGCGAUGCUGUGGAAUUCCAUCGAAUGCUGGAGAGUUUGUGCACUUCCGGAGAUGCCGGGAACCCAGGAAGAGCGCCAGUGUGGUUGCAGAGCCACGACGCCCAGUCUUGCCUCCGGUUGGCUAAGCAACGCGUCUACGAGAUUCGUCCAAGCCCGGACGGCUCAGGGCAGGUCUUGCAGCGGAACGUACGGCCCCAUGCCAAGUGGGCAAAGAUCCUUGAGGCAGUCGACCGCACAUUGCAAGAUGUGGCCGAAAGAACUGAGCCGGAGCUCCCGAAGUCUCAAAAGGUGGAGAGCUUUGAGUUCGGCUCCCUGAACAUGGCCACUCAGAUUAGUUUGGAUUUGGAUGACAGCGACAUUGAGAUCACGGUGCAACCAGUGGUCAAGCGAGCCCGCACAGUGCCCGACGCGGCUUCGAGCGUGGUGGAGCCGCGAGUUCUGCUCAUCGCCCCGGACGAUCGCUCGCGGCGUCAGUUGUCCACCUUGCUUCACCGGGGCCCGGAGGCGACUCUGCUGGAUGGUCUGGACAGGUACCUCCGCGAUCGCAGCUCGAGGGGACGGGAUGUCCCAAGUGGCAUUCCGCAGAACGAGCUGAGAUUCGGCGAGAUGGCGGUGCUGGCUCGCGAGGCGGAGGCUGUAGCCCAAGAGCUGGACGAGCUACGGCCGUCUAGCACGCUUCAGGCUCGGCAGCUCCCAGACGGGCGAAUGUGUCACCCGAGAAUUGACGUAAUGUCCGCAGAAGACACUGAAGGACAGCUGGAGGUGCGCUUGGCAGAGAUGCGGCCUCAUGCCGUCAUUGUCUUCGAGCCUACGCUCCAUGCGAUUCGGGCCUUGGAAGUCUACUGUGCAUCGGCACGGCAAGGUCACGGGGCCUCCAUCGUCAAGAGAGAGACGGGCUCAGACACUGCGCCAACUCAGCAGGCGCCAGUGGCUUUUCACGUGUACCUCAUGGUCUUCGAGGAGUCUGUCGAGAAGUCCCGCUUCGAAAAGUGUAUGAUGCAGGAAAGCGAAGCGGUGGAUUCCCUGAUCCGUUCUCGGCAGCACCUGACUUUCAGAGUGGAUCCUCCCACGGAGGCGCUUGCCCCGGAACUGUCCUCUCGACGCGGAGGGGGCUCGAGGGCACUGCAAGGCAUGACGAAACCCCGCGUGGUGGUAGACAUGCGCGAAUUUCGGUCGACCCUUCCCUUCAUGCUGCAUCUUCGAGGCUUGGUGGUCGAGCCCGUCACCAUUCCUGUUGGGGACUAUGUGCUUUCAAGGGACAUCUGCGUGGAACGCAAGGCCGUGACAGAUUUGGUCCAGUCUCUGCAGAGUGGCCGGCUCUACCAACAGGCACAGAACCUGUGCCACCACUACGACAACCCACUCCUCCUGGUCGAGUUUGAUCCAGCCAAGGGGUUCAUGCUCCAGAGCACCUACCACAUCCAACGUCGUGAGAUCGAAGUUGGAACCAAGGACGUAACUGGUAAGCUGCCCCUGGUAAUACUGCACUUCCCCAAGUUGAAGCUCAUCUGGAGCCCUUCUCCGCGCUUCACGGCGGACGUCUUCCUGAAGCUCAAGGAGGGAAGAUACCAACCCGACUCCAAGGCGGCUGCCGCGAUUGAUGCUGAGGACCCCGAGCCUGAUGAGGGCAAGGUGAAGACGGUCCAGGUGAACACCGGGGCUUUGGAGGUCUUGCGGAAGCUUCCGGGAGUGACCCCUGGGAACAUGCAUUCCUUGGCUCGCCGUGCUGGCACCCUCGCAGGAAUCGCCGACCUUCCCUUGGAAGCUUUGGUGGAGGUCAUGGGAAAAAGCAAUGCCGAGCAGUUGAACACCUUCCUGCACUCCAGCUGCCUCCCCCCAGCACCCACACAGGACCAAGGUGCCGAAGAGCAGGUGCCGGAGAGAGAGGAAGACGAGCAAGCGCCAGCUCAGGAGGAAGAGCCGAUUGAGGAUCCGAGCGGGGAGGAGUGGGAGGCGACGCGUGCAGAGGAACACAGUCCAGAAGUUUGA